AAACUUUAUACAUAAUAUUUUUCUAUAGCGCAUUUCCUAUAACAGUAAACCAAAACAAUAUAUAAAACAAGUGUUACAUUCUUCUUCUUCUUCUAUCCACUUGUGUUUCGUAGGAAUCAACUUUCAAGAUAUCAUGGCUGAUGUAAGAAGUGAAGAACAAAAGAAGAUAGAUGAAUGGCUUCCCAUAACUUCUUCGAGGAGUGCAAAAUGGUGGUAUUCGACAUUCCACAAUGUUACUGCUAUGGUUGGAGCCGGUGUUCUCAGUCUUCCUUCUGCUAUGGCCCAACUUGGAUGGGGACCUGGUGUAAUGGUGCUGGUGUUAUCUUGGAUUAUAACUUUGUACACUUUAUGGCAAAUGGUUGAGAUGCACGAAAUGGUUCCAGGGAAGCGUUUCGAUAGAUAUCAUGAGUUGGGGCAGCAUGCUUUUGGGGAAAAGCUUGGGCUAUGGAUUGUGGUGCCUCAACAAGUAAUUGUGGAAGUUGGUGUUGACAUUGUUUAUAUGGUGACAGGGGGAAGAUCACUCCAGAAGGUCCACGACUUGGUUUGCAAACCUGGGGAUGGCUGCAAAGAAAUCAAACUAUCAUACAUCAUCAUGAUAUUUGCCUCUGUCCAUUUUGUGCUCUCUCAUCUUCCCAAUUUCGAUUCCAUAUCUGGUGUGUCUUUGGCUGCUGCUGUCAUGUCCUUAAGUUACUCUACAAUUGGCUGGGCGGCUUCAGCAAGCAAGGGCGUGCAGCCGGAUGUGAACUAUGGUCGCACUGAUGAAACAGAUUUGGGAGUUGUUUUCAACUUUUUCACCACGUUGGGAGAUGUUGCUUUUGCUUAUGCGGGGCAUAAUGUGGUGUUAGAGAUCCAAGCUACAAUCCCUUCAACACCGGAGAAGCCUUCCAAAGGACCCAUGUGGAGGGGUGUUGUCGUUGCUUACAUUGUUGUGGCUGUGUGUUAUUUCCUUGUUGCUCUUGUUGGCUAUUUGGUGUUUGGGAAAGAUGUUGAAGACAACAUUCUCAUCUCCUUACAGAAACCUACAUGGCUCAUUAUCAUGGCUAACUUAUUUGUUGUUGUCCAUGUUAUUGGAAGCUAUCAGAUCUAUGCAAUGCCUGUGUUUGACAUGCUUGAGACCCUGCUUGUCAAGAGACUCAAGUUCAAGCCUACCUGGUACUUGCGAUUUAUUACCAGAAACAUCUAUGUUGCUUUUACAAUGUUUUUUGCAAUUGCUUUCCCUUUCUUUGGUGGGCUUUUGGGAUUCUUUGGAGGAUUUGCUUUCGCCCCAACAACAUAUUUCCUUCCUUGCAUCAUGUGGCUUGCCAUCUAUAAACCAAGAAGAUUCAGUCUCUCUUGGAUUAUUAACUGGAUUUGCAUAAUAUUGGGAGUUCUGUUGAUGAUUUUAGCACCUAUCGGCGCCUUAAGAAGCAUCAUCAUUAAAGCCAAGGGCUAUGCAUUUUUCUCUUAGGGAAUGUGUAACUUGUGUCUUGGAUUGAUGUUUGUUUUAUCUAGUAUCCUAAAUUAACGAAUUCUUAGCAUGUGUGAUUGGCUUUUUUGUACCUUUUGACCGUACAAAUCUUCACAAUGCAAAUGUUUGUUGGACUCA